AUGGGUAUGACCAAAUCGAAAGAAGAGCAGACUCGCGCAAACUGUAAGAAAAUAGCGCAGUUAUUGCUGGACAAAAAGACGUCUCGCGUGGUGGUAAUGGCAGGGGCUGGCAUUUCGACCGGUGCGGGAAUCCCUGAUUUUCGCUCCCCUGUCACAGGUUUGUACUCGCGCCUGGAGAAGUAUAAUUUGCCCUAUCCAGAGGCGCUAUUUGAUAUCACCUUUUUUCGAGAAGACCCAGUACCGUUCUAUACACUUUUCGAGGAACUGUACCCAGAUGGAACCAAGUAUCGACCCACGCUGACCCAUACCUUUUUUCGUCUUUUGGAUAAAAAGCAAAAGCUUUUGCGUGUAUUCACCCAAAAUAUCGAUACGCUAGAGCAUUUAGCUGGCCUGGAUCACGAUAAGAUUGUUGAGGCACAUGGGUCUUUUGCGCACGCACGUUGCGUCUCAUGCCAAAAGACGGUGACGACUGAGUGGUUAAGAGAAAAAGUCAAAUCUGGACAGGUGGCGCGUUGUGAACAGCGCUCAUGUCGUGCCAAAAAAGUUGUGCCGCCUAUUAAGCCCGAUAUCACAUUCUUUGGAGAGAAUCUGCCUGAGCGCUUCUUUGAGCGUCUCUACGAUCUUCGAAGGGCCGACCUUUUGCUUGUGAUGGGAACAUCGUUGAAGGUACAACCAUUUGCUUCGUUGAUUGACGAGGUGCCUUUGAACUGUCCGCGUGCUCUCUUGAACCUAGAACGCGUCGGAGAAAGUCGCCACGAACACAUUUUUACACGCUUUGGCUCCGCUUAUGGGGAAGGCUUUGAUUUUGAUAGUGAACGCACGCGCGACAUGUUUUGUGGUGGCGCUGUUGAUGACACGGUUCGACUCAUCGCUCGCGAAUGCGACUGGGAAGAAGAACUGGACAAGCUACAUGCACAAAUGCAUCAAGAUGUGGACCGUUUGCAUCCCAAGCUACAUGACAAGGCGCACUCCCCGCAGCCGAACAAGGUGUCAGUCGCAACUCUCCAGAAUGAGUCCGCGGACGCCUUGGCCGAUCAGUUGCAAGCCACUCACUUGCGUGAUAAGGAAAAGUUGUAG